AAUCACCCCCCUACCCCGCCCCCUACCCCAGUCAGGCUCUACUCUCAAUCCCGAGCAACGCUACAUCGCUCAAUCGCCAUAUUGGGUACUGAGGUCGGUCCGCACUUGCUCUCGCCUGCGGGACGAGUUGGACGCGAACGGCUUCGGUUCCCGGUCUUCCUCGAGCAGAAUAUCCGCGCACUGUGCUUGGGCUUCGGAAGAGCAGCGGCGGCCGCCCCCCUUCGAGCCCCGACGCACGCACGCGCGCACGCAGUCCACUCAUGGCUUAAGUCCUUUUACGCUCGCUUUGGAUCCCGCGCAGCGUCGAGGAGACACCCGCUGUUCACCGAGCGCUGGCCCGUAUUGUUGUGGUUUAGUUUUUCUCGUGAAAACUGGACGUUCCCGACUGUUUGCAAGAAACCCAAAUCCCGUAUUUCUUUUUUUGGUGGAGGGGGGCGGGGCAGGUGGGGGGGAAAUGUCAGAUGUUCGACUAUCCAACGGGAGCCCGACUCUGGAGCGGACGGACUCCCGGGUGUCGGAUCACCCGAAGCCGUCGGCUUGCAGGAGCCUCUUCGGCCAGGCGGAUCACGAAGGGUUAAAGAGGGAAUUAAAGGGACAUUUUCGGGAGAUGGAAGAGGUCGCUUCCGCCAAGUGGGGCUUCGAUUUCGCCAAUCACAGGCCGCUGGUCCACGGGAGGAUCAAGUGGGAGCUGGUGGACUGCAGAGACGUCCCGGAGUUCUACAACAAGCCGCCGCGGAGGGAGAAGAAGGGCGUCUGCUCCGCCGGGAAUAACAAGGUGGAUCUAAACGGGAAUCAUAGUUGCGUGGUGCUGUCUUCGAGCGAGGACAACGAGCGGUCCGAUGGACACAUGGAAUGCACGGAACAGUGCACCGGAAUGAGGAAAAGACCGGCGUGUCACGACCCCUCGGCCCCAAAUAAGAGAUCACACAGCAGCUCCGAUGAGGUCACUUGUCCGAGCCGGAGCCGCUCUGCAGAACACACGCCCAGAAAGACGAGUCCCAAGAGGCAAACGUGAGCCCCGCGGACGAGCCGAAGAACUGUUUCCCCGUUUCAAGUGGGAAACCUCAGUGAUGGUGGGUUUUGGAGGAGGAACUACGCAGCACCAGAAACAUAUCAACCCUCCUGAAGACGGGGGAGGACGCUGUUGAAGCACUGAAUAGAAACACUAAAGUUGUGGCACUCAAUUAAAAAGUUACUGCCUCUAAAAGCAGUCAAUGUAGCAGUGUGCAAUUAGGUUUAAUUUCCUUUUUUGCUCCUUUUAAAUUUUUUUUUUAUUUACUACCUGUGUGUAAAUAAAUAUUCAUAUUAUAUUUCUUUCCAUAUGUAGCACAUAAAAACAUUAUUUGAACACCAAUCCUUUAUGUAAAAAGUUGUGAGCUUUGAUUUGACUUGAAGAAUUUGCUGUGUAGUUUGAUACAUGUUUCCAAAAUGCUGUUCUGUUUUUUUUUCGUUUUUUUUCUUCUGAAAAACAAUGUGACUUUGACACGGUCCCUAAAUGCUACAUUUAAAACAAAAUCAAGACUUCUUAGUUUCUCCACAGUGUAUCUUCACUCCGUCGCCUUCCUAACUUGGCAGUGAAGAACGGUACAAAUGUAGCUUGGCGGUCGCUUUCAAAGUUUCCCUCAUCUGGUCACUUCCGCAGAAAAAAAAAAAAGUAAUAUUUCUGCUCGGGUUCCCUUACCCAGUAUUUAUUUUGGAUAUGGGUGCCUUCAGCAUCAGUCGACUCCUGGAAUAUGAUCAACUUCCUUCUCGAGGUCUCCCGCACACCUCGGCCACUUUGUGGUGCCGUGUUUGAUUUGGAGUUGUGAGGUACUCGGGUAUUGAAGGACAAACACCAGGUUGUCUUGUAAAGUCAUCCUCUCUGUGAAGUUAUUCUUUUUGCCUCGUCAGCCUUAACUGCUCUCCCGAGAGUUUUUGUAAAAAGGGUCAAACGUCCUACGAUGCCAACUGCGCUCCUCAAUUGACUUCUUUUUGUGACAACCUAGACUUAAAUUUACAUUUUCUGUUUGUACUUGUUUCACCAAUGUUGUUAGCCUGCUGAGGAUGCAAAACGUGAGCAUCCAAAAGCUUCCCUUUAUUUGCCUGAAGUUUGGGUUCAAUUCAAAGAGACCAGUCUACACCUGCAGAGAACUCUCAUGCAGUCACCAUGCCUGUGUAUUUGUGUAAAACUUUGCAAUGUACCUAUGUACAUAAUUUUGUAAAAACACUGAGAAAUUAUACUAACUUAUUUAUGUCAAGCUUUUUUGUAUGUAGAAUAAAAAAAAAAUGGGUUUUUGAUUACGGUUAUCCAAAGUGGCAUUUACUUUAUUCUAAUUGUCUUAUUUUGUAAAGGCAUGUUUUCGGUAGUUUUCUCUGUUCAAUAAGGUUGCAAACUGAGCCUGGUAAAAUAUUUCAUGUUCAUUUUGUAAUGUGUGGUUCUAAAAUGUGUUGCAAUCAAUUAAAAGAGAAAAUGAAGUGCGA